AUGGACGCGCUCGGGGAGAUGUCCUUGCACAGCCACCCGGAGCUGCACGGUCAGGACGGCCGCUCCAUGCUCCACUCCCGGGAUCUGUCAGCGGCCGCGUUCCCCAGACCUUCCCUAGGGGGCCCCACCAUGUCCCUGGAGCCCGAACACCGACCCCCGACCUUCGACCACUCCAUGUCGGCCCUGGGUUACAGCGGGGACUCCCCCUCCAGCGCCGGGACCACCUACACCACGCUGACGCCCCUGCAGCCAUUUGACGACAAGUUCCACCACCACCACCACCACCCGUGUCUGCCCGUGAGCAACGUCAUCGGCAGCUUCACCCUGAUGCGGGAGGACCGGGGCCUGGGGGGGAACUUCUACAACCCCUACGGCAAAGAUCUGGCCAUGUCUCAGAGCCUCUCGCCUCCUUCUGCUGCCACCUCCAUGCACGGGUACGGCGCCCUGGGCAACGCCUCCAACACCAACCAGAUGAUCCACGGAGGCUACGACGUCCACGGGGGCAACAUCUUCUGCCGGACGUCCGAUUUCGCCCGAGAGAUGUCUCCUCCGGGGCUGGCGGAGGCCUCGCAUCAGCUCAACAAGAUGGACGCACACCAGCACCCGGCGACCCACCACCACGCGCACCUGUACAGCCAGCACUACCAGCCCCACCACCACCCGGCCAGCCAGCAGUCCACGGCCAAGAUGGAGCACCCGGCUACCAGCCCGGGUGAGGGCAUGCUGUCCGGGUCGCAGGGAGGCGCGGGAGUCAACGGAGGAGGAGGAGGAGAGGAGAUCAACACCCGAGACGUGGCCCAGAGGAUCAUCACGGAGCUGAAGCGCUACAGCAUCCCCCAGGCCAUCUUCGCCGAGAGGGUUCUGUGCCGGUCUCAGGGAACUCUCUCCGACCUCCUGAGGAACCCCAAGCCCUGGGGCAAGCUCAAGUCGGGCCGCGAGACCUUCAAGAGGAUGUCCCGCUGGCUGCAGGAGCCCGAGUUUCAAAGGAUGGCCUCGCUGCGGCUGGAGGGGAACCAGGGGGGCCUAUAUGAGACACGGGGCCCAGAGAAAGAGAUCCAAGCCAACACGAGAGCGCAGACCAGACACGACACCAGCGACUGCACCAGCGACGACACCAGCGACUGCACCAGCGACGACACCAGCGACUACACCAGCGACGACACCAGCAACUACACCAGAGACGACGCCAUUAGAACACAGACCAGACACAACACCAGCGAUGACACUAGAGGCGAUACCAGCGGCAACACCAGCGACGACACCAGGAACGACACCAGAGACGACACUAGCUACCACACUAGCUACCACAAUAGCUACCACUCCAGCUACCACACCAGAGACUCCGCCGUUAUCCCUCUGACACUGACGCUGUAG